AUGGAGUCCCCCGUGCGCAGCAGGCCGCCCUCCCCAGAAAUCGAUGUGCAAGCCUCCCACCCAGGCACUAGGGUAUACGGAGUCAUGCGAAUAGGCGUUGCGACAGCUGUCAAUGCUGGAUCCGCUGCCUUCGGUAACCUGAUUUCGAACUUUUCGCAAAGGCCGAUCCGGGGGGAUAAUGCAAUGCCGGCGGUGCAGGCACGGGUAAGGCCACAGGACUCGAUGGCUCAGUAUAUGAAGGAGUGGGAGCAGAGGAUAACGGUCUUGGAGGCGAGCAAGAAGCUGGCGCGGUGGGAGGCAGCGGGAGGGCACAGGACGGAGGGAGGGGAGCAGCAGCAAGUAGAUGAAGCGGAUGAAACGGAUGAAGCGGAUGAUCAAGCGGGGAAUGACGUUGAGAUAAACUCCAGGGAGACAGUAAAGGGGCCGGAAGAGAGUGAUGAUGGGAAGUUAAGGAAAGAUAGUGUUCACGGGAACGCAUCAGAAGGCUUAGUGGGAGGGAAUAAGCAUUUGGGGGGUCCGGGCUCGAGUGCUGUCGAGGAUAUGCAAAGGGUUAUAAACGUAGAGAGCACAGUCCAUAAUCAGGCAGGGCGCGAGCGGGAGGAAACAGAAAGGCCCGUGACAUUAGGAAUGAGCCAGGAGGGGCAGGAGCUUCCACCGUCGAGGCAAGAGGAGGACUAUCAGCCAUGUCGUGCAGAAAGCUCAACAGCUUCUACCAGCCCUCGAACUAACCCCGGCGAGUGUAUUACCGACACGCAGUUCAACGCUGCAAGGGAGAAAAUACAAUACGAUCGCCUUAAAUAUCACUUUGCCAUCGUUGGAAAGGCCGGAUCCGGGAAAUCCUCGUUAAUCAACGCCUUCCUGAACCGAAGAUCAGGUGAACCGGGCGCUGCGAAAACUGGGGUGACAGGGACAACGAGUACUGAGAUUUCCCGCUUUCAGAAUCCAGAAGCUCAGCCCCCGUGGUCGUGGACAGUUUGGUUCGAUGUCCCUGGUGUUGAAACAUCGAGGAUACCCCACUUGGAGUACUUUAAAAACCAGGGAUUGUACGCUUUCAAUGUCAUCAUUUUGUUAAUCGGAGACCGCUUGGAAGAGUGCGACUGCAGCAUCGUGUCUUCAUGCGAGAAGCGUGAAAUUCCGUGCAUUAUUGUAAGGUCAAAGUCGGAUCAACACAUCGACAACAUGCUGAAGGAAAGAGAAGAAGAGCACCAACAUACCUGUCCGGAAUCCAGGGUUAAGGCUCGAGACGAAUGUCGGGCUACAUUCAGAGAGCAGACGCAAAUGAUGGUAGAUGAAGCGCUACACGGGGCCGAUCUAGGGUCCCAGAAAGUCUUCUGUGUUUCCAGGUUUGCUCUCAGGAGCGCGUAUAAUAAUGGUACGCCCACAUAUGGAAAUCCUCAUGAAGACCAACUAGACGAGGAGGAGCUUGUGGACACUUUAAGAUCGUUUGCUAUGACUAGGCGGCACUUAUAUCAAGGUCCAGUAAACAAUGCUCAGGUUCCAUCGAAUCAGGUACAGCGCCCGCCCGUACAGGCGAUGAAGGAUUAUGUUACAGCGGUGGAAAUAACGGCGGGGCGAACAACGGAUGUGGAAUCUCGUCACACACAACAAAACUUCUUGAGAUGGGAGAAGCGUAUCCUACGUCUCCCUCAUAAAACAACUCAGGACACCGUAGAACAUGAACUGAACUCGCGCUAUCCACAUCUCUCUUCGAGCCUUACUUUCCCCCCGCAAAUAUUGAAUAACAACGUUGUACUUCUGAGCUUUCGGGCCGGCACAGCUAUUCCGCCUCAGGUCGAGCUCUUUGGAGUAACGCUGCCGGUUAUUAUGCAUGUUCCGAGAGGCCCCACUGCUGGAAUUCGUGGAGCUACUAGUUCUCGGAAUACGCAUGCCCCGGACUAUCCGGGUCGUGGCCGAGGAGGUGGUGGACGCGGUAGACCAGUACGCGGUCAUCCUGAUCGUGGUGGUCGUGGUGGUUAUGGUGGUCGUGGCGGUCGUGCUACCUACGGUGGGCGCGUUACUCGGGGUGGAUGGGGUGGAUGGGGUGGACGGGGUGAUAGGGGUGGGCAAGGUGAAGUGUCCUCUACUCAUCUAGCAGACAACGCUUCGUGUUAA